CCUGUAGAUGAAAGAGGAGUGUCUUGGCAUUCGACUCAGUGACUCAGCUCUGCAUAUAAAGGAUUGAAGCCGAAAGGUUUUAAUGAAGUUGUAGGUAUGGAGAGAGGAGUAUUCGGUGGCAAUUAUCCGUACGAGAAUGGAGUAUUGAUGACCAGAGAUCCAAAGCCAAGGCUUCGAUGGACUACUGAUCUCCAUCAUCGAUUUGUUGAUGCUGUUACCAAACUCGGUGGACCUGACAAAGCAACUCCAAAGUCAGUACUGAGGCUGAUGGGAUUAAAGGGUUUGACACUGUACCAUUUGAAGAGCCAUCUACAGAAAUACAGGCUGGGACAACAGCAAGCAAGGAAACAAACUGCUAAACAACAGAGUAAAGAGAGUGGGGGUUCCUACGUAAAUUUCAGCAAUCGCUCCUCAGGAGUAAGUACCAGUUCAUCUGCAAUUGACAAUCAACAAGGCCAAGGCAGAGAAAUCCCAGAGGCAUUGAAGUCCCAAAUUGAAGCACAAAAGAGAUUAGAAGAACAACUUGAGGUACAAAAGAAACUACAGAUGAGGAUAGAAGCACAAGGGAAGUACUUGCAAGUAAUAUUAGAAAAAGCCCAGAAAAGCCUCUCUCUUGAUCAUAUGAAAGGCAAUGGUAAUCUGGAUUUGGCUGUAUCUACUCUCAUUCAAAGUAUGAAUGAAGAAGGAAGAAAAGAAAACAUCAUUGAUAUUUAUAAUAAUAAUGCAAACCCUUGGGCUUUCUAUAUUAGCAAACAGGGAGAGGUAGAAGAAAUUAAAGAUUUGAAGCACAAGGUUGAAGCUCCCAAUCAUUUAGACUUAAACACAAAAGAUAGCUAUGAUUCACUUGCUGUAAAUGGAUCUGAAUUGGAACUCAAUAUGCUUUCAUAUAAGAGAUGAGGAAAUUACUAUUUCAUGUAAUAUACAGAGCACAAUUGGUUAUAUAA